AGCCAUCUGAGUUUGGUCGUUACUUAUUGGGUUUUCGAUGUAGUUAUAUAACUGGAACAUAUGCGAUUCUGCAUGCUCAUUUUCUGUAUCGUUAUAUGACAUUAUUUUGCCACAAUUUCCUUGAAAGAUAUUUUCUUCCUCAUGGUAUAGUUGUAUCUGUUAUUUACUGUCUUGGGCUUAUGUCACUUUGGACAUUUAUAGCUGGCUUCCUAUCUAGAAAAAAUAGAGUUGAAAGACUGUCGUACAUUCAAGAAUCAUUCAAAGAUUAUUUUGGACGUGAUCCUCUUGAGAUUAACAUAAUUAUUGUACAAUAUAAAGAAGCAACGGAAGAUUUUAUCGAAGCAUCUUGGAUAGGAAUCGGGCUACUCUCAGUUGUUUCAAUUGCUUCUUUACUUUUUAUUGUGCUUAUUGCAUAUUUCACAUUAGCUGAACUCACUAAAAGAGCAGGAAUCAUGAGUGAAAGUACUAAAAGACAACAGAAUCAACUGAUGAAAGCACUAAUUGUUCAAACAAUAACUCCCACAAUUGCAUGUUUUUCUCCGUGCUUCUUCUCGUGGUAUCUUCCUGUUUUUGGAAUAGAUGGCGGAGAGUUGCUGCAACUCAUUUCAGCAGUUGAGAUGUCAGCGUUUCCAUUUUUCGACCCUCUCUCCACAAUUUUGGUGCUCCCAGUACUACGACGUCAAAUCAAAAAAGUUUUUGGAUAUCAAGAUCCUUCGACUACAAACAUUAUAGUACAAAAUAGAGUUCAAACAUCGUGUUUAUAGUGUUGCUUGCGUCGAAUUAUUAUUUCUUUAAAUUAAAAUGUACUAUUAUUGUAAAUAAAUGAAAAUAAAGUAUA